AUGACGCCCACGAAGACCACAAAAAGUGAAGUAGAAAUGGUGAUACGGAACAGAAAGACUGUGAUGAAAGACGGGAUUAUGACGAUGUCGGGGAUCGGCGAGCCUUCUGUGUUCCACGCGCUAGUGGUCAUCUUCCUCGAGUUCUUCGCGUGGGGGCUGCUCACGAUGCCCAUCAUUUCAGUACUGAACGCCACCUUCCCGGAUCAUACGUUCCUGAUGAACGGACUGAUAAUGGGCAUCAAGGGCAUUCUGUCAUUCCUGUCCGCUCCCCUGAUCGGUGCGUUGUCGGACGUGUGGGGUCGUAAGUUUUUCCUGCUCGUGACCGUGUUCUUCACAUGCGCGCCUAUCCCGCUCAUGACAAUCAACACAUGGUGGUUCUUCGCGAUGAUAAGCAUCAGCGGUGUGUUCGCGGUCACGUUCUCGAUCGUGUUCGCAUAUGUUGCCGACGUCACGACGGAAGAGGAGCGCUCACGCGCGUACGGCCUCGUCUCCGCCACCUUCGCCGCCAGCAUGGUAAUCUCACCCGCACUCGGGGCCUAUCUCAUGGACUUAUACGGCGAGGCAUUAGUGGUGGCCGCUGCGACCGCAGUUGCCGUCUUGGAUGUGUUCUUCAUCAUGGUUGCAGUUCCUGAAAGUUUGCCAGAGAAGGUCAGGCCCAGCGGCUGGGGUCCUGCUAUCAGCUGGGAACAGGCGGAUCCCUUUGCAGCUCUCAGGAAAGUGGGAGCAGAGCGUACAGUGUUAAUGUUGUGUGUGGCUGUGUUUCUCUCAUACUUGCCAGAAGCCGGACAGUAUUCAUGCAUAUUUGUGUAUCUAAAACUUGUGAUGGGCUUUGGAGUGGUCCAAGUGGCAAUAUUUAUUGCAAUAGUGGGGGUGCUGAGUAUCGGUGUACAGGUGGUGCUUGGAUUUUUGAUGCGCUCACUCGGAGCCAAACACACCAUCAUGUUGGGACUGCUGUUUGAGAUGCUGCAGCUGAUGUGGUACGGCUUCGGCAGCCGCACGUGGAUGAUGUGGGCGGCGGGCGUCCUCGCUGCCCUCGGCUCGCUCACGUACCCUGCGAUCAGCGCGUACGUUUCGGUUAACAGUCGCGCCGAUCGGCAAGGCGUCGUGCAGGGCAUGGUGACGGGAGUGCGAGGGCUGUGUAAUGGAUUGGGCCCGGCCAUGUUCGGAGUGAUCUUCUACCUUUUCCACGUGGACCUGAACGAGGAGCACGUGAACGGCGUGCCGGGCCGGCCUGAGGAUGAAAAGUAUGUGCGGAUGGUCCCCGGCCCGCCGUUUGUGCUCGGCGCGCUGCUCGUGAUCUGUGCGCUGCUGGUGGCCUGGUUCCUGCCGGACGACAACCAGAACAGCGUGGGAGCCCGGCGGUCGCCGCCUGACCUACGCUUCGAGAUGGAGCGUGGGCGGCGCGUGGCGGGCCCGCUGUCGCCGCUCAUGGCGCCCGAGUCCGCGGCCCUCUAGCUAGCGGCGAAGGCCGGCCGCGCGGCCAGCGUGUGACUCUCAGUGCGGUGCGCCGCGAACCCGGCCCGUUGCAUUUAAGCGCCGAGCGAACUCUCCGAGUGACUGUGAGACCUCAUUUGCACCUCUACGACGACAUUCCCGUACGUAACCUCCGCUUCAUCGUGUUUUUUAAGCUUUAUACCUAUUUUUAUAAACUUUCGACUCCUCCAGGGGCGCUGUACAUAUUUUGUCUGAAUAAAAUCAUUGAAAUCGUUGUACUAGUACCUCUGUGUUUCACGUUUGUGGAUUACUCGAUACAUUUCUCGAGUCCGGGUGAGUCAUUCGUAAGUCAGUCGAGUCGAGUCGUAAUGUUCGCAUUACCGAUAACGAAUACGUUAUCGAGCAACACGAGGUUCUAUCGGAUAUUGACAUACAAAGUUCAUAAAUGCAUAAAUAGACAAAACAUCACAUUGUAAGAUCAUCAAAUCAUGUGCGAAAUUGCUUCAUCGGCUAAUGUAAACGCGUGGUUUGAUUAAUGUAGGUCAAUUUGGAGUUACAUUAGAAUUUUCUCUAAGUUCGGUCUAUGAGGUAAUGUCCGACUUGCUAAAAUAACUAUACGUUAUUCAAGUUACCCAGGCUGAGUGUAUAACGAUGGUGUAGCAUUGCAAUUUCGGAAAUUGGAAAAGUUUCAAAAGAUCUAAAUGUGUCGGCGUGGGCGUCAUAUUGGCUGCAACUUGCCUCCAUAGGUAUAGGAUUUCCUAUUUCUGUAAUAACUCGCGUGUACCUUAGCUAGUUAAUAAAAACUAACAAAGGCGAUGGUAUGUUCUAAUAACAGACUCGCUUAAAUGGAAUUGCCAUCCUUAUGCUGGGGACCAACAUAAUUUUCUUCUAAAAGUUUAAAUUAUUUACCCAAAUUGGUCCAUUUGCAUAUUACGUAAAAAGGUCGAUUAUGUCGGUCGGUUGGUUAUAUAAUUUUUUAUGAGUUCGUUCUCCUUGGAAACUAACGCCAAACGUAUAGCAGACAACCCAGGUGAUAUCAGAUUUAUGUUAAAAUCGAUAACAACUCAAAUAGAGCAUGAUACGUUUCUGAGAAUAUUUCAUCGGAAUUACGAAUAUGACUAAUCUGCGUUAUCAAAUACAGAAGACACAAAUGUACCCCGCUUGUCUUGGCCUCUUGCAUUUCCUACUAGUUCAUUAUCAAAUUAUUAUAAACUAAAAAUAUACGUUGUGUCUCGGUUUUGGUCAAGUCACCCCGCCAUCGCCAACGGGGUCGUCCUGGUCCACCACUCUCUCGGCAUGCGAUAGACUUGUGACCUUCCCAAUCCCACUUCACCUUGGUAAAUAGACAAAGUUUAAUAGAAAUAAAUGUCAAAUAUUUGUAUUUUUACAUAUAUACAGUAUUUACUACGAGCUUGUAACUUGAGUUAGGAACGUCGUAAAACAUUUUUCACACAUUUAACAAAGUAACCUACAAAUUCUUGAAAGAUUUAUCUCUCUACCUACUAAACGAAACCGUUUUUCAUGCAUCAUCGACUUCAUAAAAGUUUGGGACCUCUUAAUAAAUCGAUUCCGAAGAUAGAAAUAAGCUUUUGCCUUGGGCAACUUUAAGUCCCAAGGGCAAGAAAUAACUUCAAUUAAUAAUUCAGCCACGAUAUCAAAACUUCAGGCACAUAUAAGUUCUCCAACAGAGUAAUCAGGCCAGUGAUCCUAGCAGGCAGGAACGAAUUCAUUAAUUUUCUAGACCACGCAUGUGGCAACAUAAUAUGUGGCAGGUUAUUACAUUACGCUUGCUAAUGACACUCGCAGGGUAUUUCCCAAAGGUAUAGACCAUAAUUGAGGACUACAAGUUCUAAUUGUGUACAUAAAUCGUAGGUUACCCGUUAAUGUUUAACGUAUUGAGGCCAAUCUCAAUGCUCAUCCUAUUCGUGACAUUUGCAACUUUAUCUAACAAAGGAACUUCGGGAUAACUUUGAAAACUUUGCAAGUAUACGCAAAAUGUGUGUUAAACUACCGGUAGUAUGACAGGUUAACGCCGCGUGUUUGCGCAUUGCGAUAAAAAAGAAAUUCUAUAUCACAAAGUUCGUGUUGUCAAAAGUUUAUCGGUUUAACGUGUUAAAUAUUAACGGGAAACAUCGCUCAAAUCGGUGCUCCUACAUAAUAAAUCUAAACCUUUGUAAAGCAGUAGCGACUUCAAAACGUUUGGUCUUUUAAAUAGAUUGUAAAAAACAUUUCAACAUUCAGUGAAACGUACUGAAUAUGUUAUGCGAUAAAAUGUUAAACUACUGUCCAACAGUUUAACUUCUUAACACUUCACCUUUCUUUCCAUCCUAGUCUAGGAUCCGUAAAUGCCUUUUCAGUACCUACUAUAAAUAGGACCAAGUGGGCGAUGAAUAGUCGUAUUUUGUAAUCAAGGGGUUUGUCUGCUUAUGGGAAUUUGUAUCUAUUCUAUCGUUUUACUCGUAAAUUCUCCAGUAAGGCUAGUCUUUA